AUGAACUCCAUUAGGGUCGUGCUGGCUGUGGUGGCUGCGAUGGGAUACGUGACGGAGCAGCUGGAUGUCGACACGGCGUUUCUAAACGGUAAGCUUAAGGAAGAGGUCUACAUGGAAGUACCACAUAGUAUUGUUAACGCCACCAACAUGAUGUGCAAGCUGGACAAGGCGAUCUACGGUCUCAGACAGGCUGCGAGUGCAUGGAACAAGACGAUUCAUGCGGUAUUCCUGGCCAUGGGAUUUCGAAGUAGCGGAGCGGAUCAGUGCGUUUACGUCAAGGUUGAGAACGGCAAAUAUGUCUACGUGUGUCUCUACGUCGACGAUAUGAUUAUUGCCGCCAAGACGAACAAGGAAAUUGAGGAUGUGAAGGCAGCUCUCAAGAAAUCGUUCAAAAUGAAGGAGCUGGGCACGGCUAUAUUCAUUCUUGGUAUGGAGAUCGACCAUGACCGCAACGGCAGUACACUUAUGUUUUGA